UUCGUUUCAAUUUCUAAGGAACCAAACAGUUUAGGGUUUAAAUGAGUGUGUUUUGAUCACAGAUGGGUCUUCUUCAAGGACUCUGGCGACUCAUAUUUGGUUCCCAAGACGAACGUCGUGAUGAUCAUAAUGUUCAGAACAGAAAUCCAGUGUACAAAAAUCAUUCAUUCAAUACAGCCCCACCAAAUUUUCCGAGCUCACGGGUGAUUGGGGUGACUCGGGUGACGCGGAGUGCUCCAUUUGGUCAACCAAAUGUCGGCGAUUCACCGACAACCAAUCCACAACAUAUUCAGGAGUUAUUGGAAAGAAGGAAUGAAGUUCAUCAGAGUUCAACAAGUUCUAGACCAUUUCAAUCUUCAUAUAAACCAUCCCAUGGCCAAUCUUCUUCUAGUCCAUCUCCUUCGUCCUCUAAUUCUGCAACAUCUACUUCUAAACAGCCUCUAUCUUUUCGCAAUGCAUUGUUAUCUUCCUCCAAACCACAUCAAUCUGCAUCGAAACUUUCUCCAUCUUCAUCUUCCCUUAAAGACCCAACAUAUCCUUAUAAAUCGUCUGCAUCUUCAUCUAAUCUGCCUCCCUCUUCUUUUAGUCCAUCUUCUAAAUCAUCUGUAUCUUCCCCCAACAGCCCUAAACCCCCUCCACAAUAUUUUUCUCCAACUUACUCUAAACCACCUCAAUCUUCACCUUCACUAGCCCUAUCAUCAUCUAAGCCACUCCCGUCAUCCCCGAAACCCGCCUCCCGAUCUUCCUCUGGACCGUCCCCAUUUCCCCACAAUGGACCUCCUUCUUCCUCUCGGCCACCUCCAUCUUCCCCUUCGCAAACUCCAGCCUUUAAGCCGAUUCUUUAUAUGGCUCACUCUGAUGAAAUAAAUGGAGAAACGAAGACGAGUUAUGUAUGGGAAAAGGGUUCACCUAUAUAUGCAAUUCCUGAGGAUAUCAAAGGUCUAAUCAAGAAAGACAUUGUGCCAGCAGUUCUAAAGCAGCCUUUGUCUCCUUCAACUUAUAAGCAUUACUUUGCUGCUCUGUUAUAUGCUGAGGAUUUCUACUUGGAGAAAUGGAGUGAUUUCCAAUUGCAGAACGUGAUUUUGGAGUUGCAAGAAGCUCAAAUUUAUAAAAGGUCAAACGAGUACAAAAAUUAUAAUAGAAAUGCUGAGAAGGAUGAUAAAAUCUUUGUGGUAUUUGAGAUUGAUUCUGUUCCUGAGAAGCGGCCAUUCCUUUUAUCAAGAGACUUGGUCUAUGCACGACCUUCGGGUAAAAAAGUCGAGCCGUUUAAGGGUUUGAUCUAUCGCGUGGUGAAGAGCACUCGUGUAUUAGUCGAAUUUGGAGAUGAUUUCAAGUCACAGCAUUGUUCAACUCGCAAAUAUGACAUCAGCUUCUCCUUCAACAGAGUAUGUCUGAAAAGGGCUCAUCAGGCAGUUGAAGCUGCAUCAGAUCCUUUGCUCCUGAACUUCCUCUUUCCUGAAUGUAUCUCUCGACAGAACAUCCUUAACGCACCAGCUCGGGCCUAUCAGGAACUUGGUGCAGAUGAGUUCUCCGCUGUUCAUCGAAUUUUAAGCUUUCGCAGCUCACCACCUUAUCUUCUUUGCGGCUCACUCAGUAUAAAUAAGGCAAAUAAGUCUCUAUCAAGAACUGGAGUUGUUGUUCGAGAAGCAGUAUUUGAAGCAUAUAAAACCUCCCCAAAUAAUCGAAUUCUUGUAUGUGCUCCUAUAAACAGCACAUGUGAUGUGCUGAACAGAAGUCUAAAGGUGAAGAUCCCAGAGUCGGAUAUAUUUCGAGCCAACGCAGCAUUUCGAGAGAUAGAUGGGGUGGGUUCCUAGUGACAUUCUUAGCUCAUGCAUUAUAGAGCGGGAAUUAUUU